AACUAUCAUCCACAUUGUGCAGUAAUAGUUAGGAUUAUGUGUAAGUAAGAUAAUUUGUGUUGAUGCGAUUAGUGAGGGGUCAGCAUUUCUGUUAUUUGUAUUGGGUCUGGUUAGUUCCAUGCACGUCGGAAAUGACAUGAGGCACAAAUGCAGGAACUCAUUAAAGCGAUUGGGAUGGAGUAGAACAGUUAGUUGUGGCAAUGGAAUUGGUGGUUUGGCUAAUAGGUCGUCUCAAUCCGGAAGAUCUUUUUUUGAGGAAAAUGUGAACAAGUUAAUAAUAAUUGGAAUAAGAGAGAAGCCUUAUCUCAAAUUGCUUGCCAUUCUCGCUCCUCAGAACGAAACGUCAACACUGUGCUCGUCGAUUUGGUCCGAAUUGAUUGAAUUUGCAAAUUUGCAGAUCUUGUCGACAAUGACGUUGGUCCUGCUCGAUGAGGAGGUCUCCGUUUUCGAAGAGUUCCGCACGCUCACCGUGGACCUCAACGUGGACGAAACGACGCGUCUCAGAUUUUUGCGAGCUCGAGACCUGAACGUGAAAAGGGGGGAAGAAAUGCUGCGUCGAUCAGUCGAGUGGCGAGAAUCCAAUGAGAUUGAGACAAUCAGUAAAUGGGAAAUUCCGUCUGAAAUUCUGAAAGAGUUCCGCAUGUAUUUCACGGGAUUGGAUGAGCAGGGUUAUCCAGUUUACUUGAUUCCACUGGGUCGAUGGGAUGGUCGGAAAAUUCUGGGGAAGGGGUUGAAGGAGGAGAGCAUCAAGUUCAUGUACCGCACAUUGGAAACAAUCAUGGCUGCGUGCAGGGACCUGGGCGUCACCAAGUUUUCCGUUAUCGUGGACAACGACGGCCUCACCUUGUGGAAAUGUGCUCACUGGGAUUCUAUUGAAUCCAGCAUCCGAGUUAUUAAAGACUUUGAGUCGAAUUAUCCGGAAACUUUGGUGAACGCCUACUUGGUCAACACCCCCACUGUGUUUUGGCAAGCUUUCAAAUUCAUCAAACCAGUCCUGGCUGGGAACACGCUGGCGAAAAUCAACAUUUUUGACUCUGAUAAGAAAAAGUGGAGUGCGGCUUUGCUGGAGAGAAUUCCGAAGGAUGCUCUUCCCAACGAGUACGGAGGUGACGCCAAGGCCUUCGACAUCCAUUUAGCAUAAAGCAAAUAUACAUACGCAUCGACAUAUUUAUUGCCCCACACUCUCCAAGGUUCCUAAGUAUUCUCCUCUCUUCAGCUUAAAUAUAUACGUAAAUCGCGCAUCUUAUUUUUGUGUCAGAAUAAUUAAUUUCGAAAAAUAAAACAAAAUCAGCUCAGA